GGGACAGGCUGGGGCAGGCAGGGACUCCGACUCCCAUCCGCCGCCACAGGCCGCUUGCUGGCUGGGAAGGAUGGUUGCCCGGCAUCCAUGGCAGGACGCGCGCCUGGUUUCCCGGGCAGGGUCGGAGGUGGAUCCCGGGUGGCUGCACGGAGCGGAAUCGGCGGCCUCGGAUCAGGGGAAGUCAAUGAAAACGAGGCCUGAAGUGGCGCCUUCUGGGCAGAGCCGCCUCGGCGCCCCAACGCGGGGGCUGCUUUAGUGUAGCCGCUGAGCCGGAAACCGGGAGGGGAAAAUCGGGGCGUUAAGAAUAAAUAUUCCGGCUGCCGGAAGUUCAGCAAAAAAAUAACGGUGGGAUACCUGGAAGAUGCUGGUGAUCAUGGAGGCAGAAUAAGGAUGGAUCUGCUUUAGAACUAGGGAUUUUCAUUGGGUGCUUAUCCAGCUCAGUCAUGAGUGAUUUGCUCAAAGAGGAGAAGAAGAAAAAGAAGAAGAUGGCAGUGAUGACAACAAGCAAAGGACUGGAAUUUGCAAAGAAGCAGUUGAAGAAGCAUGGAUGGAAAAAAGGUAAAGGACUUGGGAAAGAAGAAAACGGGAUUGCUGAAGCCCUAAAAGUCAAAAUAAAAUGCAACACAGCUGGGGUGGGACAUGACUCAGCUGAGGAGUUCACCUACCACUGGUGGGACCAUCUAUUCAACUCGUCUGCUGCCAACAUUACAGUAGAAGCUGAGCAGGAUGGGGUCCAAGUGAGAAAAGUCUCUGAACGAGAGGAGCCGGUCACAAGGACAAAGCCAUGCCGAACCCAGAAGGGGAACAUGCUCUACGGCCGCUUUGUGAAGGCAGCCACCCUGAUAUCUGGCACAGAGGAGCCCAUGAGCCCCGUGUCCUCCGCAGACCAGGAGGAGGAGAAACUGGACCUCUCCACGGCAAGGAGGCUGACCGACCAGGAGCUGUUCCAGGCCUGUGGGGGAAGAACAGUCCACAAGGGCGCUCGGCAUGGCAUCACAAUGAGGGCAAAGCUCGCCCGGCUGGAAGAGCAGGAAAAGGCUUUCUUGGCUAGCUCUGUCCAGCGGAAGGACGGACCAGGGACGGCCCCCAGUGCCUGCCCUGACCCACAGCGCUCAUCGCAAGCCAAGAAACACACAAGAAGCAAAAUGGGCUGCUACAGAGAAGAGCCAGGUGGAGGAAGCUGCCUCAAGCCCAAGAAGAAGAGGACGAAUAGCAAGAAGCUGAAUGGACACUGAAUACUAAUACAUCUACACAGUAUUGCUGAACUUCCUUUGAAGGCUUUGAAGUCAGAGGCCUCCUUUGCCUACAGAUUUCAUGUUCAUACUGGGUGGGUGGGUGUGUUUCUCUGACAGCAUCUCUUGUUCCCUCAAAGAUCGAUUGAUGUAUCAAAUUUUGAAAACAAUAUAAAAAAUUUAAAUGGA